AUGGAGCUAGCGGUCAUCAGCCGCCAAACGGUGACGGCGUGCGAGGAGGCUGUUGGCUCGGCCUUGAUCGGGGCCUUUAGGUUCUUCCACUUCCACUGCGAGGCCAAAAUCAGGAGCUUCGCUGGUCGCGCUGGUCGCGGCCACACCUUCAUAUCGUGCCAUUCCUUCAGCAGCGACGCCACCAAUUCAGGAGUGUGGCGGAAUGCUAAGCUGCAGGCCUUGAAGUUGCUUUCGGUUUAUAUCGGCGACCAUCGCAAUGUGGAAACGAAUGGUUUCUUUUCGAACAACGUGAGUUUCGAAGCCUAUGCAGACUUGCACAAGGUCACGUCCACGACAGCAGAAGCAACGAUGGGCCUCAUCUGGAAACAACUCGUGUCGUUGGGCUGCCCCGUCUGGAAAAAAUAUUCGUCCGUCUCGGAUGGGCCUGCUGCUGCUGCCGCGAACGUUCUGCACGGCACGCUGCAAGGUGAACAUCGGUUGGUGAGAAUACUUCUCUACACUAGCGACGGCGGCCCGGAUCAGAUGAAAUUCAAACGGAUGCUGAUCGCAGAGACGGCCCUCCAGGGCCACGUGCUGGUGAUUGGUUACCCAUGUCUGAUGCACAGGCUGCAGUUGAUUAUCAAAACAGGACUGGAGUUGAUUGAUAGGUUCCUUGGCAGGGUCGAGAAGACGUUCAAAUACUUCAGUUCCCUGUCAAAAGUUACGCAGGUCUGGAGAGACAUGGCUGGCGACAUCUAUGAUAUUUGGAAGGGCACCUUCGGGCCCAGAGCGGCACGAGAGUGCGCUGCUCGCCUACCUCCAAAGUGUUUGGCUGGCCGAUGGGAUUCAAUUUACUCGACUGAGAAGCACUUGCGCUUUUGCGCAAGCAAUGCGGGCACUGGUAUUCGGCAGCUGCCCGCCAUCAUCCGCCAGGCCGUCGAGACUAAGAAGAAGGGUAAGGAGAAGAGGGACGGCAACGUGCCAGCGUUGGACGAUGCCGCCAAUGAGACAUCGAGAGAGUAUAGUGCCCGACUUGGGCGGUGGCGAUCGGACGUGCUCCGCACGGUGAGUGAUGAGUUAUUUUGGAUCGUCGUGGACGUGGCAACCGACUCCCACGAGGCCCUCCAGCACCACAUGGCGUUCGUAUCACAAGCACGGAGCACCGAACACAUCGAGACAUAUGGCAAUGUGGUUGCUCAACUUAUCAUGGGCAAGGGUCAAGAAAUACUCGAGGAAUGCACUAAGUGCUUCCGCAACUUCCAGUGGGCAGCGGCAAUGAGUCACCUGAGCGAUCUGGGCGAGCACGUGCUUCCAGAUAUGCUGGCCUUCACCGUUGAGCUGAACGCCCACCACGCUGCCGCGUACAACAGGAGGAUCUUGAAGGAUCUGGACAGGUCCAGCGUCAGAGCAAAUCGCUCAGGAAUGGCUUCCAGAAUCCUCGAGGCGGCGGAGGGCGAGCUGGAGAUCACCACGCGCAAGCUCCGAGCCCUGUGCCACCAUGAUCUCGUGCAGGCGCGUGACACGGGCACAUGCGGCACGCUGUUGUACAGCAUUACCAUGUGCAUGAGGUGCUACUCCAAGGCGGACGUCAGGGACAACGAGCAGUACAACAGCUUGAUCAGACAGAUGAAUAUGCGAUGCAGAAAUAUCGGCUUGCCUUUGAUGAGUUCGCGCAUCAACGUGAAGAAGUGGCUCGGGGUGGGGACCAGAGGCGCGAGCAUGAGGUGGUCGAGUAUCAAACCGCGGGCGGAGGCGCUGCUGAGACAACUCUUGCCAUUUGCAGAACAGGCUCAGGGCAUCGCCAUCGAGGAUGCGCGCUUCGAGGCGGCCAAGCCGAUCGAGACGGACGUGAAUGUCAGUGCUACAUUGAAGGUUGCUUGCCCUGUCGACACAUCGCCUGCAGCCCUGUGGGCAAAAUCAUACAGCGUGAAGCUGUUCCGUUGCUCUUCUGGGAGGCCAGACGCGAACCAGUUGAUCGUCGUUGGGAUGUGCAAUCUGGGGAACAUCGACGAAGACAACCCCGACGACUUCGACCUGUUAACGUAUAACGAUCAUUCUGUCGGCUACAUGAUGGCUGACACCAACUACACGACUUCCGAACUGCUGAAGAUCAAUCUAUCACCUUCGAACAUCCCAGAUUAUUUCAUUGGUAAGAUCAGCGAUCCGUGCGAGUUCAGCUAA